AUGUCAGAAAAACCAGAAAUACAACUUGAAUUAACGAACUAUGAAUUAGCUAUAGAAGAUGAUAAGAUGGUGACAUCUUUGCAACAAAAAAAAGAAAAUAAUGAACACCAAGAAGUAAAUGUUCAAGAAAAUUUGAAAUCUUCAGAAUUGAAAAAGGAGAAUAACAAUGUGGCACCUAUGAGAAAUUUCUAUGUGAUUUCAUUUGGAUAUAUAUUCUUCACUCUUACAGAUUCUGGACUUCGUAUGAUUGUGUUGCUGGAACUCUAUGAUCGACAUUUUAAUGCAUUGCAAAUAUCUAUAAUGUUUACACUAUAUGAAUUCUUUGGAGUUAUUAUAAACCUUACUGGUGGUAUUAUUCAGAAUAGGCAAUAG